CGGAGCUGAGAGGGCGAGAGAGAAAGAUAGAUAGAUAAAUGAGAGGGGGAAGAGAUGACUGGACGCGCAUCAUCAGAUGUUUAGCAGACUGACUCUGGAUCUUCGCCAUCAUUUCUGCGGUUUCUUUUCUGGUCUUUUUCCUCUUCUCCAUCUGCCGGGUUCGCGACACUCUGCGGCGGCGGCUCUCGAUGCUGUAAUCCGGGGGAAUAUGUGAAGAUCAUGCUGGCGGUGUGGUGCUUCAUGGUCUUUGCUGCAGUGGGCGAGAGGCUUGCAGUCUCAGGUGUGGACAGGAGCCCGGUGCAGGAUGGAGGCAUGUGGGGCUGGUUUAUCUCGAGGGGGCGGCCGGAUAGUGGGGACAUCGAGGUCACUUAUCCAAAGAGGCUGGUGCAGCAAAUCGAGUCAGAGGAGGAAAUGGCUCAUGACUUCUUGGAUACCAGGGUGAAGAACAGCACCGGGGACGCCUUGCCCAUCCACUUGGCCCAGAGCUGUUUCCAAGUGGAAGCCUUUGGACGCACAUUCACUCUAGACCUGGAACUAAACCAUCACCUACUGUCUUCGGACUAUGUGGAACGGCACUUUAACCAGGACGACGUACCGUUGCAGGCUGUGGGAGGGGAGCACUGUUACUACCAGGGAAGGUUAAGAGGUCUACCAGAGUCCUGGGCAGCUGUCUCCACCUGCCAUGGCCUGUGUGGCAUGUUCUCUGACGGCUUCUUCUCUUAUGGGAUUGAGCCCAUUCACAAUACGAGCAAUCAGGAUGACGGUGCUCACUUAAUCCACAGGAUGCCUGAUAUCAGACUUUCUCCUGACUGCCCAGGCUGUGCAGAGGGCAGUGAGUGGGAAAGCAGAGGAGGUGACGGCGAUGACGUCAGACCGGACCAAACAAGGGAGCAGCAGGUGUCUGGGGGGCUGAGGCGAUCCAAGCGGUUCGUGCGCAAGCCCUCUGUCCAAACUGAGACCAAAUAUAUUGAGUUGAUGGUGGUCAACGACAACGAGAUGUUUGUACAGCUGCACGGCUCUAGAAGCCAAACCAAGAACUUUGCCAAAGCCGUGGUCAACACAGCAGAUACGAUCUAUCAAGAACAGCUGAACACGAGGAUCGUGCUGGUUGCCAUGGAGACCUGGACCUCUAAAAAUAAGAUGCCAGUAGUGGAAGACCCAUUGAUAACACUGCAGAACUUCAUGAAGUACAGGAAGGACGCCAUCAAGGAGCAGAGUGAUGUCGUCCACCUGUUCUCAGGGCGUACAUUUCACAGCAGUCGCAGUGGGACGGCCUACACAGGAGGAGUGUGCUCUCCGACAAAAGGAGGAGGAAUUAAUGAGUACGGGAGUGCCGCUGCCAUGGCCAUCACUCUGUGUCAGAGCCUUGGUCAAAACAUUGGAAUGAGGUGGAACAAUGCACGUAGCUCUGCAGGAGACUGCAGGUGCCCAGACGCCUGGGUGGGCUGCAUCAUGGAAGACACCGGAUUCUAUCUGCCCAGAAAGUUUUCUCGCUGCAGUAUUGACGAGUACACCCAGUUUUUGCUCCAGGGGGGCGGGAGCUGCCUCUUCAACAAGCCCAAUAAGCUGUUGGACCCCCCAGAGUGUGGGAAUGGCUUCGUGGAGGCAGGGGAAGAAUGUGACUGCGGAUCCCAGGUGGAGUGCGCUCGUAGCGGAGGAGCCUGCUGUAAAAAGUGCACCCUUACCCAUGAUGCAAUGUGCAGUAAUGGACUCUGUUGCAGUGGCUGCAAGUAUGACCAGAGGGGCGUGGUGUGUCGAGACGCUGUCAAUGACUGUGAUAUCCCAGAAACCUGCACAGGGGACUCCAGCCAGUGCCCUCAUAAUGUCCACAAGCUGGAUGGCUACAUGUGUGAUAAUAGCCAGGGCCGAUGUUACGCUGGCCGAUGCAGGACUCGUGAUGGACAGUGCAGGGGACUCUGGGGCUACAAUUCAGCAGACCGGUUUUGUUAUGAGAAGCUCAACGCUGAGGGGACUGAGAAGGGGAACUGUGGUCCACGUCCUGAAGGGCAAGGGUGGCUGCAGUGCAAUAAGCCGGAUGUUCUAUGCGGCUUCCUGUUCUGUGCCAAUGUCACCUUGAAGCCAAAGUUUGGAGACCUGCAGGGUGAGGUGACCAGCUUCACCCUCUACCACCAGAACAAAUACCUGGACUGCAGAGGUGGCCAUGCUCUGCUGGAGGACGGCUCAGACCUGGGCUAUGUGGAGGAUGGCACCCCUUGCGGUCCCAACAUGAUGUGUCUGGAGAGACGCUGCCUCCCUGUGGCAGCGUUCAACCUCAGCACGUGUCCGGGGUCCAACUCUGGACGGAUUUGUUCUGAUCAUGGGACCUGCAGUAAUGAGGUGAAGUGUAUCUGUGACCGGGACUACACGGGAAAGGACUGCAGCGUCUUUGAUCCCAUCCCCGAGCCUACGGUCGCGACGGGCCCAGAGAAGAAAGGAACAUUCGAAGAGGAAGAUCUGGUGGAGGAUAAGAUCUCUGUUUGUCUUUCCGUCUCUGUGUCCUGUCCACUUCUGUCUUCCUCCUCGCACUGUGUCGUUUCCACAUUGAAGAAGAGGGGAACAAAAAAAAAAAGAAAGUCUUCCACUACGGUCCCAAAAUCUCUCCAAACCUCUUCCGAUUGUCGUUUCCUCCACGCACCCGUCCACUCCUUUCGUCCGUCCUCCAGCUGGGCUCCGUCCUCCUCGAUCCUGUGGGGGCCCCCUCUCCUCUCUCCGUACCAGCCAAAUCGCACUCACGUGGCCGCUGCCAGCGUGCCACUGAGGAUCGGGUCCGGGCCACACCUGCGGGAGACGCCAGGGUCUUCCUCCAGCCCAGUGGCCCUGUGAAUGUGUGCGUUGGUGUCUGCGUCCUUCUUCUCAUGUCUCGGGACAGUCUGAUAAAGAACAUAUCAAAGGUGGUGGACCAGUUUGAUAUGCGACACGUCUUUCCAACUCCUGCCCUCCUGCCUGCCUGCACACGAACGAAACUGGCCACCUCUCAAGUCCGCCGGCAAAUGCUGGACUAGCACACAGGCCGACCCAUCCAACAGACUGGAACAGGAACAGGACAGCCUCCUUUUUUUUUUCUUAAAGGAGAAGGAUCUGAGGCGCAGUUCCUCCGAGGCCAGGCCUUGAUUGGUGCAUCUUAAAGUGGACAGCAACCGGUUUUAAUCUACAACAUUCAGACAGGUGAAGCAGGAAUUUUACAUUUGGGUUGUUGUCGGCGUGUUUUCCAAAGAGACACCGAGGAAGAACCGAUAUAAGGUUGUUCUUAACUUAAGGCGUCCUACCUGCCCACUCUCACGCCCACUCUCACAAGUAUUCAGGUACAACAAAAAAAAAAAAAGAGAAGGAAGGAAGCUAGGUGUUAAGGUUUUGGGAUCAUUUUAAACACACUAUGAAGCAGCAGAGACCGUAACUUAGUGUUUUCAGCGACCGACUGACCAACAUACAUUCCACAGUAUCUGUCUGUGCGUGCUCACCACUUUCAGGCCCCAAGUUUGUACGCUUAGGAGGUGUCCUCUGUCGUGUGUCUGCUCCAGAGUGAAUGUACGCGUGCAAGAGAUUUUUAAAGAAAGGAUUAACGUUUGCGUGUUUACAUGGGUGUUAGGGGCAGCUGUGUCCAUGUACACCUCGACGCUCCUCCUAUCACAGGCCGAUAGGCGGGUUUUUACCUCUUAGAAUAUCAGCUCUUUGUACAACCACAUUGUGUGCGCCGCUGCAGCCAUGGCACCGUAAAAAGCAGCACAUUAAUAAAGAACCGUUUUUAUGUCACGCAUCAUCAGAAAAUGAGCACUAGCCAACUGUAUGCACACCUGUUUGUAAAUAAGAUAUACUGAAUGUGAAAUGCAAUGUACGAAGAUUUCUUUAAAGCCGUGUUUAAAUUCUAUCAGCCGUCGCUAGCGUAUAGCUAUAUCCCCCGACACGACCUGCAUCUGUAAAAUCCCCCCCGUCCAUGCAUCCUCGAUCGUGGCAAAUCAGCUAAGCUAGCCAACUUGUCAUCUCUUUUCACUGAAAUGUCUCUUUUUGUACAUUUGUUGAUAGCCCUGAGUGAAGGCCUCAGCCCAGGAACUUUGUAAUGACCCCUCCCCCCACUCCCUCCCUCUCUGUUGUAAAUGAGAUUAAAGAUGACUUGGUUUGGGGUCCAGGAAGCAGCUCGUCUGAUGCUGUAUGAGGUCAGUUUGAGCUUUGCACUGCAGCAGCUGCACUGUUGGUAUUGCUACAAUGUGUGCUGAGUUGGUAUCUAAUACAAUUGGGAGAAGAGGGAAGAAAACGAGACGCAUCUUAACCCAUAUUUUUAGACACUAUCUUUUUGAAGUAAGACGGUGAAUAAGAAAGGACUGACUCGAAGCUUGUAGAUGGAUUAAAAAUGAAGGGGAAAUAAAAUGCUGAAACAUGAAACCACA